CUGGUGUACUCGCUACACUGGGGCGGGCUGACAUACUCCAUUCCAGGGCGGCUGGUUGAGAGAACUAGCGACCGAGCAGGCUGCCGGCCCCGGAACUGUACUCCGUGGGAACCCCGUGAUCUGUACAGACGUGAUAACUCACGGGUCGUUCCACCAUGACCGGGAGAAAAGCGCGGAGCCUGGCGUGCACGUACCUGCUGCUGCUGCACCUGUGGUACGGGCUUCAAGGUGCAAACGCGUCCAAAGCGGAGGAGAAACUGUUCCGAGACCUUUUCCGGAACUACAACAAGUGGAUCCGGCCGGUGGCGAAUGUCAGUGACAACGUCACGGUGGCGUUCGGCGUGUCCAUUUCACAGCUCAUAGAUGUGGAUGAGAAGAACCAGAUCAUGACUACAAACGUCUGGCUCAGGCAGGAGUGGAAUGACCACAAGCUGCAGUGGAACCCUGAAGACUAUGACGGGGUGACAGUUUUACGGGUCCCCUCCACCGACCUCUGGCUACCUGACAUCGUCCUAUAUAACAAUGCUGACGGGCAGUUCCAGGUGAAGCAACAGACCAAGGCUGAGGUGCAGUUCGACGGCACGGUCUUCUGGGUCCCUCCAGCCAUCUACAAGAGCGCCUGCGCCAUCGACGUGCGCUACUUCCCGUUCGACAAGCAGAACUGCUCCAUGAAGUUCGGCUCCUGGACCUACGACGGCGCGCAGAUCGACAUGAAGUUCGGUCCGUCCACGUACGAUGGCGCUCAGCUAAACGGGAGCGAGCAGGAGCACCAGAUGGAGCGGGAGGAGUGGAGUAACGGGGAGUGGGUGCUGGAGGACGCGCCCGGAGCCAAGCACGUGGUGAAGUACGAGUGCUGUCCGGAGAAGUAUAUCGACAUCACCUACUACCUCAUCAUCCGCCGCCUGCCGCUCUUCUACACCAUCAACCUCAUCAUCCCGUGCCUUCUCAUCUCCUUCCUCACCGUCCUGGUCUUCUACUUACCCUCGGACUGUGGGGAGAAGAUGACACUCUGCAUCUCCGUACUGCUGUCUCUUACCGUGUUCCUGCUGGUCAUUAAUGACAUCAUCCCAUCCACCUCCCUGGUGGUGCCGCUGAUCGGGGAGUACCUGCUCUUCACCAUGGUCUUCGUGACUUUGUCCAUCACCCUGACAGUCUUCGUGCUCAACAUUCACCACAGGUCACCUAACACUCACAACAUGCCUGCCUGGGUCAGGAAAAUCUUCAUACAGAUCUUACCCAAACUGCUGUGGAUGGAGAGACACGAAGUCCAAGUGUCAGCCUUCGAUCCCCUCGAGAUCUUCCGAGAAAUCAUAGAACAGGAAAUCAGAGAACAGGAGGUUCGCGAGGUCAGACCGUGUCUACACAAGGUUCCCCCCGGGAUCGCCGGACUGAAACCUCGGCCCAAGAGUAUGGACCUUGAGGCCGCGCUAGCACAGAGGAAGGGCAUCCUGGCCAUUUCCCGCCAACGUUACCUGGACGAUCCCAUUCUCCCGGAGGUGAAGGAGGCAGCAGACGGGGUUAUCUACAUCGCCAAACACCUACGGGACAGAGAACGGAAUCAAAAUAUGGAAAAGGACUGGAAGUACGUCGCCAUGGUUAUCGACCGGAUAUUUCUGUGGACGUUCAUCAUUGUCUGCGUCGGCGGGACAUGUGGCUUUGCAGGACAGCUUGUUGAGUUGGAUCGCAAACAAACAAACAAACAAAUUAUACAAAUUACGUACUAGCCUUUAUAUCAUGGAUACGGCUACGGGUACUGGAUGGUACGGUUAUGCAUGUUAGCUAUGGUACUGAAUAGGACUAUGGGUAUACUGAAUAGAACUACGGGUAUUCAACUGGACUAUGGGUACUAAAUAGGGCUACGGAUACUGGGUAGGACUAUGUCACGGUACUGGAUAGGACUACGGAAGCUAGAUACAGCGUCGGGGAGGAAAUUA